AUGGGCGCCGCUGGAUCGAUCGAGACCACGCCGUACGACGAGGCGAAGUUCCUGCAGUCGAAGGCCGUCAUGGAGUCUGCUGCCGAGGACGCCGACAAGUUUGCCAAGUUGAAGUCCAUUUGGGCUAACGGUACCCCUCCUGCUGCUGCAGCUCCAGCCACCGAUGCUGCUCCUGCUGCGGACGCCCACCGUAAGAGCGUUAAGGAGCUGCCGACGGCCGCCGCCCACGAGGGCCACAAGGAGAACGGCCAUGCUCACGAGGAGAACGGCCACCACGCUCACGGGGAGAACGGGGAGAAUGGCCACGCUCACAAGGAGGGUGAUCACCAUCACAAGGAGGAUGGCCAUGCCCACAAGGAGGGCGAUCACCACCACGAUCACGCUCACAAGGACGGAGAACACCACCACAAGGAAGGAGAGCACCAUGGCGAUCACCACCACAAGGACGAUCACCAUGACCACAAGAAGGAGGAGACUCACGCUCACAAGGAGGAAGCACACAAGGAGGAGGCACACGCCCCUAAGGAAGAUGGCCACGCGGAAGCGCCGAAAGAGGCCCUGAAGGUCCCGUCAGCCUCGGCAUCCACGAGCAAACUGCCCGGCGCCCCGUCAGAGCACCAUGACGAGAAGCUUUCCAAGGAAGCAUAA